AUGGCAGACGCUUUACCCGACGACUCAAAAUUGACCAAGACAAGAGUAUUGGUGUUCUUUUCUCUUGCGACUCUCAGUUUGAUGUCAGCUUUGGAUGGAACAUCCAUUUCCGUGGCAUUGCCGAUCAUUUCACAUGAGCUCCAUGGAAGCGCGAUUGAGACAUUCUGGACUGGGACCUCAUUUCUACUAGCAUCGACGGUGUUCCAACCCAAUUUUGCUGCCUUUUCCAAUAUCUUCGGCCGUAAGGUGCUUAUUAUGACCGCCCUAACAUUCUUCUUUGUGGGCGCUAUCAUUGCUUGUCUCGCGAAAGAUUUCACAUCUCUGAUUAUCGGUCGUUCAUUCCAAGGUGUUGGUGGUGGUGGAAUCAAUGCAAUGACUGAAAUUAUCAUCACCGACAUCAUUCCCCUGCGUCUACGAGGACAAUACUUUGGCAUUCUCAGUGCUAUGUGGGCUGUUGGGUCAGUCACUGGACCAAUUCUUGGUGGAGGAUUUGCUCAAAGCGUCAACUGGCGAUGGAUCUUCUAUAUCAACUUCCCUUUCAUCGGUAUCGGUGGUAUACUGGUUCUCCUAUUCCUCAAAUUGGUUCGAUUGCCUGGCUCGGUUCUAAAAAAGCUUAGUGGGGUCGACUUUACGGGAACUGUCCUCUUUGUAGGGAGUAUAUCCUCCUUCCUGAUUCCGUUAACCUGGGGAGGAGUUCUCUACAGUUGGUCAUCCUGGCACACGCUAGUUCCACUGAUUGUUGGAAUUGUUGGCUUGAUAACAUUUGCUGUCUAUGAAGCCAAGGGUACAGCAAACCCUAUCAUUCCAGUCACUGUUUUCCAAAACCGGAGCAUUAUUAUAUCCUAUGUCACAGACAUUCUACAUGGUAUGGUACUUUGGUGUAUUCUCUACUACUUACCUCUGUACUAUGAGGCGGUCAAAGGAUACACUCCAAUUAUCUCCGGAGUGGCCCUCUUUCCUAUAACUUUCACGACCGCUCCAUCAUCCGUUGUGGUGGGGUUCUUGAUCACUCGCUUUGGCUCUUACAGGUGGGCUAUCUGGUUGGGAUGGGCGACAUCAACACUUGGAUUAGGCAUAAUGUGCUUGAUGGACAUCAAUACCUCAGUUCCAGCUUGGGUAUUCCUGAACCUUGUGGGUGGGUUGGGGCUGGGAAUACUAUUUCCAGCCUUGGCCUUUGCGGUGCAGGCCUCGGUGGAUAGCGAGCAUCUUGCAAUCGCCGUCGCCCUUUUCAGUUUUCUCAAGUCGCUAGGGCAAGCAAUAGGAGUGGCUAUUGGUGGAGUUGUAUUUCAGAAUCAGAUGCUCAAAAAUUUGCAACAAUACCCUGCGUUGGCACUAAGGGCGGUGGAGUACAGUCAGGAUGCCUCUGGACUUGUGCAGGUGAUCCGGGACAUGUCAGAUGGUCAGGAUAAGUCUGAUCUCAAACAAGCAUACGCUGAUAGUUUGCGGAUUGUUUGGGCAAUAUGUUGUGUGCCCGUGCUCUCCUUUUUACCACCUACUGGAGGAGGAACUCUCUAUCUCGGGAGCGAAACCCCCAUUCUGGCUGUAUGGGGGGGUGUCGGUUUCACGAGGCUGCCAUUGAAAGAUUUACGAGAUCUCUAUGCUCUGCACAAAGAUGACCUCGAAGAAUUCCUCCAGCGCUGCAGUCAGACCAUGCGCUCCUUUGCCUCGGAUGAAGGCGAGCGGUCAACAGACAACGUGCAGCAAGACCUCAUGGAGUGGAUCACCGACUCAUCGCGACGACUGCCACCCGGCCAUGCUCUACCUGCCGAGGUCUCCGGCGUUGUAACUGCCAUCCUACAAAUUUCUCGCUAUGUGAUAAUGUGCAGGAGGUGUAGAUUGACUCCGGGGGAAAUGGCGCAGUCCUUUUCGGCGUUUUCGGGUCAUUCAGUCGGCAUCGUCGUGGCCGCUUGGAUGGCGGUGGCUGACUCGUGGUCCUCGCUUUAUGACUUGACCAAUGUUGUCAUGUCUGAUAUUUACUACGGUAUACGUCAGGCGAGUACCAUAUGGGACCAGGGGGCCAGGGUCUCCCAGUCGAUGACGACCGAAUGUGUGCGACGAGGCGAAGGUGCACCCUCCUCAAUGCUCUCCGUCACGGGCCUCGAACGAUCCAAGAUUACCAAAGCAAUAGACGAGAUGAACAUCAUACUACCUGAGGGUCGGACGGUGCAUUUGGCACUCCUCAACGAUGUCGAUUCCUUUGUCAUAGCUGGAAGUCCAGAAGGUCUGGUAGCUCUGGCUAGCCGGCUAAGAACGUCACAAUCACCCGAUGUUGACGAGGCAAACACCCCGCUCAGUGAUCGCCAACCUCGAUGUUCCCUCCAAUUUGUUCCCUCGCAUUUGCCCUUUCAUUCGCCACUUCUUCAGAAAGCAGCGACCGAAAUUCGAAAGAAGCCGAACCAACACCGACUUCGAAGGGAUCAGAUCCGCGUACCUGUGUGGGGCCUGGAUUCACUGCUUGAAAAAGACCCGAGCUUGGCGGAUAACUUGGAGCAUUGUCUCGUUGAAAUGAGCCUGUCACAACCCGUUGACUGGCCCAAGACUUUGGAGCCCAUGACUGGGCGGUGGCAGGUGCUAGACUUUGGACCUGGAGGUUCUAAUGGCAUCGGAAUGGUGAUCAACAAAAUGAAACCGGGAACUCAGACUAAGAUAUAUACGGUCUGUCCGGCCGAACGCUGGCGAACACGCACUCAGGACAGUCCCUCGGCGAACCUCAUCUCAACUUUAUCCAUCGGUCCAACGUCGCGACAAUAUUCCAAUGUCGAGUUCGUGGCAAGUGAAAUCUCCCGACAGGAACCGAGCAACGAGCGGGUCGCGUCCCGUUUCAUGCAUGCUAUGGGCUUGCCAAACAUUCUGGUAGCUGGCAUGACGCCCACAACCUGCGAUCCAGGCCUCGUUGCAGCUAUCAUGAACGCUGGAUUUUAUGCAGAAUUGGCAACUGGAGGUUAUCAUGACGCACCGUCAUUGGAAAAUGCCGUUUGGGCGUUAGCAAAAUCAAUUCCGCCCGGUCGACUCAUCACUGUGAAUGUUGUCUACGCCAAUCCUCAAGGUCUCAGCUGGAUGAUCCCACUCUUGGCAUCCCUUGUUCGGAAGGGCUGCCCGAUUGGCGGGCUAGUCAUUGGUGCAGGCGUUCCAUCUGCAGAAAUUGCUGCUGAAUAUAUCAAAGUUCUGGAGCUUUCAUACAUAGGCUUUAAGCCAGCUUCGGCUUCUGCUAUUUACCAGGUACUAGAGAUUGCCAAAUCUCAUCCCACUCUCCCAAUCCUUCUACAAUGGACCGGGGGAAGGGCAGGGGGGCACCACUCCUUUGAAGAUUUCCACCGGCCAAUUCUUGAAACGUAUCAUGCCAUCUGCGAGGUAUCGAACGUGCUUCUGGUAGCCGGGAGUGGCUUUGGAGACGCCGACGGGUCGUGGCCAUACAUUUCUGGGGAGUGGUCAUCUCAGUUCGGCCGAGAGCCGAUGCCCUUCGAUGCAAUUCUGCUCGGGACUUGCAUCAUGACAACCCUGGAAGCAAAAACCAGUCACGACGCCAAGCAGGCUUUAGUCAAUGCCCGUGGGGUAGCUGAUACAGAAUGGCCAUCUACCUUGAAGGGGUGUACCGGGGGUGUCAUUUCUGUCAUAUCGCACUUGGGAGAGCCGAUGCAUGUUCUUGCUACUCGUGGAAUGCGGCUGUGGGCUGAGCUGGACAAGACCCUAUUCACACUCCCCAAGGACAAAAUGAUCACAGCCCUUCAUUCUCGCCGUGAAUAUCUCAUCUCCCGAUUGAACGACGACUACCAGAAGGUCUGGUUUGGAUUUGACUAUGUCUCAAACAAAGCUGUCGAUCUUGCCGACAUGACCUACUUCGAUGUGCUCCGUCGGCUCCUUGAAUUGCUGCACCCCGAUACAAGAGGGGACUGGACUUUCCCAUCAUAUCAAAAGAUUUUUAAUGCAUUCCUCGAGCGGAUCAUGGAACGUUUUGGUGGUGUCCCUCUCGACAGCUCGAUUACCCCACAAGAGAAACUGGACGCAGUGGCAUCCGCUAUACCACAUCUCGCUUUUCAUUUCCUAUCCUUAGAAGACACACACUACUUUGUGGACCUUUGUCAGCAAAAAAGGCAGAAGCCAGUUCCGUUCAUCCCGGUUCUUGACUUGGAAUUCCCUGUCUGGUUCAAGAAAGAUCCACUUUGGCAGUCAGAAAACCUGGAUGCGACUUAUCACAGGGAUGCCGGCCGUGUAUGUAUUCUAUGUGGACCUGUAGCGGUCCAACAUUGCAAAGAGGCCAAUUUACCAGUCUCCACCUUGCUCCGCCAGAUCCACCAUGGUUAUCUGGCCAAGGGACCUCGGUUGACCCCACCAGCCGCAUGGUUGGAUGACAAGCAUGACCUCUCGCACGCUCUCGAAGCACUCCAUGUCAACCUUACAGAUGAUGUGAUCCAACAUCCCGACAGGAGCCUUGAUGCUGUGAGCAGCGAGAGAUGGCUACUCCUGCUGGGAUCUCAAUUAGGCGAAUGGGGUAGGCGCCUUUUUGGGGCCCAGAAACUGGUCUCUCAUGGGCAGUCGUAUGAGAACCCAGUCAGGCGCAUUUUUUCUGCCCGUCCAGGUAUACUGGUGCGGCUUCUGGAGAAGGCCAAAGAUGGGUAUUGUGGGGCAGAAAUAUGUGACCGUGCUACCGGCCUGGUUGAUGCGCGAGUGUCGAUUAAUGGAAGCACUAUUACUGCGGCAAUACUCGCCAGAUGUUCGCUUGGUGGUCAUCUCCGUGAAUUAUCUUUUCAAUUUUUGUACGAUCCAUCAUGUUCGUAUGCUCCUAUUGUGGAGAUUACGGAAGGCCGCACACAGCGAAUACUUGACUUUUACCACAGUGUGCUUUUUGGUCCGACCAUGAUCCGCUCCAAGGAGGUAAAGCCUCAUUUCAUGCAGCACUCUUCUUUGACUGUAUCAAAAAGCCAUGUACUGGCAUGGAUGCGAGCGGUUGACGGGCGGGAACUAGACGCCGCGGAUCCCCUAGGUCCCAAUGGAGAGGUCCCCAUUGAGUAUGCUACAAUCUUAACUCUAAUGGAUCAAUGGCGCCAUCUCUUUACCUGGGAUUGGGAUAUCUCGAAGCUUUUACACCAGCGCACCAUGGUUGAAAUGAGAGAAGGCCACCGCAUGCUUGCUGUGGGUGAUGAAGUCAGGGUUACCACCCAGAUUCGCGCCUUGCAUAACCGUGACUCCGGAAUCGAGGUUGUUUUCGAUGUUAAAUACGAGCGAGAAGGUGCAAGUAUCAUGGAUUGCAUCCAGCAAAUUAUGAUGCUCGGCCAACGAGCUGCUGAGUCCGAAUGUUCUGACUCUGGUGAACCCACCACUUGGAUCCUGCCCCUACGGAGUGAAUCGGACGUACAAGCAAUACAGGCCAAACCAUGGUUCUCUUUGAUUGAUGGCAACGAGUCGCUGAAUGUUGGUCAAACUCUCAUAUUCGAGAUAAAGCGCGAGACUCGAUUGCAAGACGGCAGUUCCGUCGCCAGCACGACUGGAGAUGUUUGGCUCCAGGAACCGAAACAUCUCUGUGGCAAGGUCAAACUCAUGUGCAAAGCUACCCAUCCCGAUGUUGUUGCAGACUUCAUGAAACGGGAGGCUUCCCGCACGGGCGAACCACUUCGGCUCCCACCACAGACUGGCAUGACAUUUCAAAUCAACCCUCCAGACAACAGUAUUGAAUAUGCGGUAGCUGGCGGUGACUACAAUCCAAUCCACACUAUUCCCACUUUUUCACGUUUCUCGGGCUUUGAAGUACCGGUCUACCAUGGCAACCACACGAUCGCCCUUGUCCUUCAACUAAUCCGACGGGAGAUUCCGGGUGCAAAUGUGAUGACACUUCGCAAAUACGAUGUAACUUUCUCGGCAGUGGUUUUCCCACGCGAGAAGCUAACAGUUUUGGUAAAGCAUGUCGCCAUGGAUGAAGGACGGAUCAUUCUCAGCAUCUCUGCUCAGCGCGAAGGAUCAGAGGAAACAGUUCUGGCUGCUGAAGUUGUGCUGGAUCCACCCACAACAACACUCCUAUUCACUGGCCAAGGUAGUCAGUUUCAAGGAAUGGGUUUGGACAUGAUUGCUGAAAGUCGUGCAUGUCGCCGUGUGUGGGCAGAAGCGGAUGCACACCAAUUCUCCUCACCUGUCCAAUGGAUUUCCACGCAGGAUUCAUUGCUCAAUGGAGAUCCCGAUGGACGGUUCAUCGAGAUAGGACCUGCAGACACAUUGAUGUCUAUGUUGAAGAAGACCUUCGCGCAGGGAUCGAAUGACGCUACCGGAGAGCAGAAUGCAGAAUUUUUGACGUUUAUGGAAGAAAUUGCCAGGGUACAUAAAGUGCCUGAUAUGGUUUUGGAGGAGCCGACGCUGCCAUCACAGGACAUCGGGGUAUCUGGGACAGAGGCGGUGGAGCCAGUAAAGGCCGAUGAACCCAUCAAAGCUGCCAUUGCAACCAAUACAGAGGUUUCCGUGGGGACGACUGGCCAGAUUUCCGAAAUCGAUGAUGUGCCUCCUCUAGCAUCAGAAGCCCUGCUAGCUAUUGUAGCUUCCGCACUCAAAGCUUCGAGGGCAAGUAUCGAUACAGCUAACUCCAUCAAGUUACUAGCAAGGGGACGGUCAGCACUCCAAAACGAGAUCAUUGGAAACUUGGUCACAGAGUUCGAGCAGCUCCCAGAUGCGGUGGAAGAAAUCCCUUUGGUUGAGCUUAGCCAGGACUUGCAGAGGUCCUUUAGUGGCAAGCUCGGUAUAUAUUUGAACGAAUGGCUGGGCAAAAAGAUAUCAGCCAAACUCGCCCCAGGGUUUACACUCUCCAAAUUGCGCAAUCAUCUCAGAGAUUCCUUUGGCCUGAAAGAAGGUCACCAAAACUCGUUCUUUUUGACUGCUGAUUUUGAUGAGAUUACCACUCGCUUGCCAGAUGAUGGGAAAUCAUGGGAUGCUGUUAAUCGUUGGACACAUUUGUAUAUGAAAGAACGUGGGUUGGAACACGCAUUGACUCAAGCUGUGACGGAGGACCGGAGUCAACCAGCUAUGCAGCAAGAUACCACCAGUCCUCAGCUGGCUAGGUUCGGCCAAGACCUUGCCCACCUAAUGGCGAAGCAUUUUACACCCCCAGAGUCGGGUACGGAGACAGAGACAAAGCUUCAACAAAAACAAGAGCACGACCGGAAAAUAGAGCAUAAGAUUGAUCAGCUUUCAAAGGAGCUUGGACCCGAGUUCAUCUCAGGCGUGGAGCCAUAUUUUUGCCCUGAAUUGGUCCACCGGUAUCAGUCUAGCUGGAACUGGGCAGUUCAAGGUCUAUACGUGACUUUGUCGAAGAUCAUAACCGGCUCCACAGAGAUGAGUGGACAGCAAGAGCUGCAAGAAUGGAUCAAAAAGUCAUCAGAUCGACUUCAAAGUCGAUCCACUGAUCGGCUCCGGCGAUGCGCCCAGUAUUUGCACCACAAAUGGGAGCAACUGCCACAGACGCCCGAGAGAGAUGGCUGUCUCCUACUGCUGCGUCCACUAGUAGAAGACAUCGAAAGUCCCUCAUCAGGCUCUGGGUCAACGAGAAGGGAUGAGGAUUAUGUCGAUGGGGAUUCAAGUGAUUCACCAAGCUCGUAUUCGAGCCUGCCUAACAAAGAGGCAUUCACCCCAUCAGAUUCCUCAUUGUCUAUUGUGCAGAGUCCCAUUAGAGUGUCCGUGAAAGAUCAGAAUGGUGCAUGGACGACUGACAUUGAUUUGACAAACCGCCUUCAUGAGGUUGAGACAAGCCCACAUUUGAAGCCGAUGACCGGGACUGUUCUGGUAAUUGGCGCAGGAAAACAAUCUAUUGGCUUUGUUCUCGUGAAACAGCUACUCAGAGCUGGAUCGCGUGUCGCUCUUUGUACCACUCGAAUGACACCAAGUACCAGGAGGCUUUACUCCCGAGUGUAUGCUGAGGAGGCACGAGCAGGAGCUGAGUUGGUUCUGUUACCAUUCAAUCAAGGAAGCGUGCAGGAUAUCACAAAACUAAUUGACUAUAUCCACAGCGAUAUGGGAUGGGAAGUGGACCACCUGGUACCCUUUGCAGCAAUAUCAGAGAUUGGAAAGACUCUAGAGGACCUAGACUCACAGUCCGAGCUUGCACACCGUAUCAUGCUCACAAAUACACUUCGAUUGAUAGGCGCAAUUGUGAGCUCUAAGCGAGACCGACAUGUGUUGAACCAUUCCACACAGGUUCUGCUGCCACUGUCACCAAACCAUGGUCAAAUCGGCGGAGAUGGGCUGUAUGCUGAGUCCAAGUUGGGUUUAGAAGCACUUUUGAACAAGUGGUCUUCUGAGCAAUGGUCAGAUGCAGUGUCCCUAUGCGGUGUCCAGAUUGGUUGGACAAGAGGCACUGGCCUGAUGGAAGCUAAUGAUAUCCUGGCUAAUGAUAUUGAAAGGCUGGGAGUCCGAACAUUUGCAGCAGAUGAAAUGGCAUCGCUUCUCAUCAUGGUGAUGGAGCCUGCUUUAUUCGAGGCGUGUAGUGUACAACCCCUCCUUUGUGAUUUCAGCGGUGGAUUGCAGACGCUUCCAGACUUGAAGGCGUGCAUGGAUUCCGCGCGUUUGAGAAUUCAGACAGAUGCUACAAUCAAACAGCGAAUACAGCAGGAGAUUUUACAUGACCAAAUCUCCUCGAAAGCAGACACACAGCUUAACAAGCCACCCGCGCCCCAAGAGCCUAGGGCAAGGCCCCGAAACGAUUAUCCUGAGCUUCCAGAGUGCUACAAUGAGCAAGUCCCCCCUGACCUGUAUAGGUUGGAGGGCCUUGUUGACCUGGAUUCCAUGGUCGUGAUUACCGGAUUUGCAGAAAUCGGCCCAAUGGGUAGUUCCCGGACGCGCUGGGAAAUGGAGGCUGAAGGAGUAUUCUCCAUGGAAGGGUGCAUCGAGCUCGCUUGGAUGACUGGGAUGAUCAAAUAUGAGCGCCAUCGCCUCCACAACGGAAACAAUGUUGGUGCUGGGUGGAUUGAGUGCGAGUCGGGUGAGCCGAUCAGUGAUAUUGACGUGAAAUCCAAGCUGGAAGGCAAAAUUCGCAAGCAUACCGGAAUUCGCAUUCUUGACCUAGAUGACCACUGCAACCCAAACCCCAGGUUGCGGAACAUGCUGCACGAAGUCGGUACCCAAGAAGAGCUACCACCAUUCGAGUGUUCCUCGCAAGCAGCAGAAGGUUUCAAAGCCCGACAUGGAGACGCUGUCGAAAUUUUGCAGGAUGACGGGACUACAGCCACCGUGAAAAUACGACGUGGGGCAUCCAUCUUCAUCCCCAAGGCACUGAACACGGAUUAUUUCGUGGGGGCUCAAAUUCCAACUGGCUGGGACCCCGCAAUAUAUGGUAUUCCUCCUGAGAUAUUGGCCCAGGCCGAUCGACCUUCGCUCUUUGCAUUGGUAUGCACCGCAGAAGCCUUCCUUGGCGCUGGAAUCACAGAUGUAUACGAGUUGUACAAGUACAUCCAUGUUUCCGAAGUUGGAAACUGCAUUUCCUCUGGUUCCGGUGGACUUACAGCCUUUCAGGCAUUGCAUGAGCAUCGCAUGUUGGGUAGGGAGGUUCAGCAAGACAUUCUUUCUGAGAUUUUCAUUGGAACAGCUGGCGCUUGGGUGAAUCUCCUUCUUCUCUCUGCAUCUGGUCCCUUGAAGACUGCUGCUGGAACCUGCGCAUCAUCCCUCGAGUCGGUAGACACUGCAUGUGAGCUUAUCAGCAGUGGCAGAUCUAAGGCUUGUAUUGCGGGUGGUUACGAGGUCUUUACCCGACCUAUUUACUACGAGUUCGGCAACAUGACAGCGAUCAUAAACUCGGCUCAAGACUCAAAGCGCGGAAGAGAGCCGAGCGAGAUGUCACGCCCAUUCACUUCCACUCGGAAUGGCUUCGUCCUCAGUGAAGGAAUCGGCCUCCAAGUAUUAACGAGUGCAUCCUUGGCUUUGGAAAUGGGAUUGCCCAUAUAUGGAGUUGUCGCUAUGUCGCACAUGGCAGCGGACAAGAUAGGGCGAUCGAUCCCAGCACCGGGCCAGGGUAUCCUCACAGCAGCAAAGCAAACUGGAGCACCUGGCUUGUCUAUGAAUCCAACACUGCGUGCCAAGCGAAUUCGCACAUCGCUGGGCCAUAUUGAACGCCAGGCUCAGGCAGACAUGGAUGCCUUGCGGGAAGAAAUCAGCUUCAUGGAGUCCAGGGGAGAACCCGUCUGCGCCGAAGCCAUGGAAGCACGACUCCGGGAGCUCCAGGAGGAGGUGGCUUUCGAGAAAAAGACUGUCCUACGUGAAUUGGGUAACAACUACUGGCGAAACAAGCCCAAUAUUUCACCCAUUGCAGGAGGGUUAUCGGUUUUUGGUCUUUCUGUGGAUGAUAUUACCUUUGUCAGUAUGCACGGGACAGCCACAAAACUGAAUGACAAGAAUGAAUGUGCGACCCUGGAGGCGCAAAUGCAACAUCUCGGUCGACACCCUGGGAACCCGAUGUAUACCAUUGCUCAGAAGUCUGUUGUGGGCCACGGGCUGGGAGCUUCGGGUUCUUGGGCGUUGAACGGGGCCCUCCAGGCUCUACAUUCGGGCAUCAUCCCCGGGAAUCGAAAUGCAGAUGAUAUCGAUCCUGUUCUACAGGACUUUGAGGGGCUUCUCUUGACGAAUGAGAACAUCAAGCUCCGUCCAUCUGACAUGAAAGCUUUCUGUGUCGAAUCUUUUGGGUUUGGGCAGAAGAGUGCACAAGUAAUCGUUGUGCACCCGCGUUAUCUAUAUUCGGCUAUCUCGGAGAAGUCGUACCAAGAUUAUCGCAAGAAACAGAUUGGGAGGGCAAGAAUCGCUGCCAGGGAACUUGAUCGCGGACUUCACGGCCAAGGCAUGUUCAAGGCAAAAGAGGAGACACCAUAUGUGGGUGAUGAGCAUGCUUUCUUACUUAAUCCUCUCGCUAGGACUCAGUAG